UCUCGAACCGUUGUGUGUAAGGCCCGCGGGACUCGAAGCCUUCCGCGAUGGCGAUCCUGCGGCUGCACGAGAACGAGACGCUGCCCUCGUUCAUCGAGUACGACCUCAACAUCUCGGGGCUGGAGGAGGAGCCCGUGUUCGCCACCUCGGACUACGCGGUGGAGCUGGCGAUGCCCGUGUGGGAGGUGGUGGUGACGGUGGCGUCGCUGAGCGUGAUCAUCGUGUUCACCAUCGUGGGCAACGUGCUGGUGAUCCUGUCCGUGUUCACGUACCGGCCGCUGCGCAUCGUGCAGAACUUCUUCAUCGUGUCGCUGGCCGUGGCCGACCUGACGGUGGCCGUGUUCGUGCUGCCCUUCAACGUGGCCUACAGCAUCAUCGGCAAGUGGGUGUUCGGCAUCCACCUGUGCCAGAUGUGGCUCACGUGCGACAUCAUGUGCUGCACGGCCUCCAUCCUCAACCUGUGCGCCAUCGCGCUCGACCGCUACUGGGCCAUCACGGACCCCAUCAACUACGCGCAGAAGCGCACCUUCAGCUCCGUCGCCCUCAGGUUGUCCCGGCGCCCCCGAGAGAGGAUGGAGCGGAACCGGCGCGCUGUCCCUCCGCCGCCUUCCCCGGGGCCGCUGACGCCCUCGCCCGCCGCCGCGCUCGCCGCCAGAAGAGGAUGA